CACACACACACACACACACACACAUGCACACACACACACACAUGCACACACACAUGCACACAAAGUAGGCGUCACGUCAACGAUCCCCAGGUGAGCCAACACACAUCAUGCCCACUGUUCCUUUCUCGACUUCUGCUUCUUGUUCUUCUUUUUCUUGGGCACUAUUCGUUCGCUCCAUGCGUCAGGCAACCAAGCAGUGGCCUGCAGAAACCUAACGACGCUCUUGAGAGUGCACUGGCAACACGUGCCGCUGACACACGCACACCACAAGACAGGAAUCGGCAAGUGAGAGUGGCGGAGACCAAGGCACCAGCAACACAGAAGGCCGCGUUUGAGUGGGACGCACCUCCACAGCGGUACCGGGCGAGCAAUCACAGCAUUUGCGCUGACAUCGCCCGCUUGCGCGGCAUCAUCUCGCUGGACAUGAGUGUUGCCAUCCACUGGAUGCCCUUGGUUGCGUCGAUGGGGCAGAGUGUUGGUGACAUUGGCAAGAUGCUGCUCGUGGCGGGACAGAGCGAAUGCUUUCAAAAAACGCACUGCCCCGAGAUGCCGCUGCACUAUCGCACUGCCAAUGACGGCCCUGAUGUCAGCGAUCACCGCACGGCAUAUCCGUCGAUCCUCUUCGCACGUGCCCAUCGUUCAAGAAGCCACCUCUGCCAGCCAUCUACCGCGCCAUCCGAACCGCCAUCCGUGACGGCCCAUACAGCACCGAUGACCUGUCCAAGGCUUGCCUCUUCGUUCCAAGCACAGACGUACCGUGCUGGUGUGUGUAUUGCAUGCACGACAAGUACUCUGACAACAUUGAGUCGAUUCAUCCCACUUGCGUAUUGGAAUGAGGGCCGCAACCACAUCCUGUUUGAGUACAGCGACGCACCAUGUCUCCCCUGGGAUGCAGAACACGGCAUUCUUGCAAAGGUUGGCCUGAGCGAAUUCCACCAUCGCAAUGGCCUCGGUGUGUCCAUGCCACUCUGCUCCCUGGACGGCAUUCAUUCACACCGGAGUAACGACGCGUUCCGCCCGCACAAACAGGAAAUACCUCGUCAUCUUCAGGUCUGGGCACCACCAAAUCUGCUCGCUCUCAUGUCAUGCGCAACCACCUCCCCAAGCUGCACAACGGGACAUUGUGUUGGUGUGCGCGUGCCAGUGGUUUGGCGAGGAGCGCAUGGGCCAUCAUGGCUGCGGGUGCCAUCCCGUCAUUGUCGUCGACCACUACGUGCUGCCCUACCAGGACCUGCUGGACUGGGAGACGUUCAGCAUUCGCAUUCCCCGAGCACAGGCUCCUUGAGGUCGCUGGAGUCUGCCAGGAUCAACCUUUUCAGCGGCGACAACGCGUGGCAGGUGUGUGUGUGUGUGUAUGUGUGUUCACUGCUCGUCUUUCCCGCUCUUUCUCGCCCUCCCUGACGGCCAUCACAACAACAACAACAGCAGCAGCAGCCAACACACCCUCCACCGCCGAUGCUGCAGAGAUGUGCAGGAGGAGGUGGACGCGACCACCACCAUCACUUGCUGCUGAACACAUUCCCCAACCAACAAACCUAUCGCCCGCUGCUGCUGCUGGCGGAAGCUGGCUGUUUGCAGCUGGGAACAGGUGGCGACAGCACAAGUUGCAUUUUCGGCAGCAGCAGGCGAUGCACACGCACAAGCAGCAGGAUGAGGGAAAUGUCGAGGAUACUUGCCACGCGUGCCAGGUGCACUCGCCUCACACAUGGUAUGAUCGUUGGAGGAUGAUGGGCGGUGCACACAUGAUGGGUUGGGAGGAGCAGCUGUGGACACACACGUCCAUGGUCAUGGUGGGCACAUCCAACCACAGCGACGCAAUCAUGUGCAGGGCCACAUCAGAGGAGGGGAAAGCAGCCGCCAUGAAUGACCCAUCAUCAUCAUCAACCUUCCCCAUUUCUCUCUUCUUCUUCUUCUUCUCUUCCAACUCAGCUCGGCCGCCGUCAUCACCAUCAUCGCCAUCAUCGCCAUCGACUGCACAGCCGCCAUCACACUCCGGCCGACACCAGCCCCAAUCUGGCGUGAGGCAAACAUUGCACGUGUCAGUCGCUCUGACGAAGAGCGUUGAGGAGGCACAUGAAGCUGUGGAACCAACGACGAUGACGAUGACGAGUGAUGGAGGCCCAUGCAUUCCGUCUCCAUCCAACCGACCGACCAAGCAGCCGAGCGAGCGAGCAAAGGACACGGCGUGGCAAGGGGCCGUUUGUUUUCACCGUUUCCACCAACACCACCAGCAGCAGCAGCUGAUGGCUGGCUGCAUUGGAUGAGCCGGCCCCCCGUCUCUCGUCCAUCUCCAUCUUCUCCUCCUCCUCAUCAUUGGUUACCAACAGCAGCGGCUGCUGCCGUGGAUGUGGAGGUG